AUGGUCAAAAGGGGGAUUCCUUCUCGCGCUGAACUAGUCGACUACACCCACACUGUUGCUGGCCAUGCAGGAACCAUGUGCGAUCCCGAUGGCGAGCUGUUCAUCAAGCCCUGCACACAGGCAGAGAUCGACUUUUAUAACUCGGCCAACGAAGAGGACAAACACCCCGAAUUCGCCGCAUUAAUGCCUGUUUACUACGGCACUUUGAUGCUCACCGAUCCCGCCGAACUCAGCUCUAUCGAAGAUGGCGUUCCGGGCCCCGUUGCCUCAGCCGAGGCCAAGGAGGAACUCACAAAGUCCGUCACCGGACAACCCUCUGCCGAUUCGCACCAAGAGAACGGAAAGUGGGUGCAGAACAAGUCAAAAAAGAUCAAGACAGAUCAGGCUGUGGUGCUCGAAAACUCGGGUUUCGGCUUCACCUCCCCCAACUUCCUCGACGUAAAGCUGGGCGUGAGGCUGUGGGCCGACGAUGCCCCUGCGGAGAAAAAGCGAAGAUUCGACGAGAUCACGGGCAAGACCACCCACGGCCCCCUGGGCUUCAGGAUCGCCGGCAUGAAGGUCUGGCGCGGUUCCACCAUGAAGUCCGAGCUGGACCAUGAAGACUACAAGAUCUACGACAAGGACUACGGCCGCACCCAUGUCAACACCGAAAACAUUGUGGAAAACUUUCGCAAGUUCCUCUUCAACAAGGCCGCCGGCAUCGACGACGACCUGGCGCGCGCUGUUGUCCAGGCUUUCCUCCGUGAUCUGCGAGAUGUAGAACAAGCCCUCGCCUCGGAAGAGAGCAGGAUGUACUCGGCCAGCUUGCUGUUUGUCUUUGAGGGCGACGGUGAAAAACUUAGGGAAGCCAUUGCGCAGAACAAUGCGGUCGUCGACAGGUUCGAAGCCGAGGUUGAGACGAGCGAGAAGCCUGGUAGAACUACCCUCCGAGUGGAUAGUGGCAUCGAGCUGAUCGACGAAGAUCUUGCGACGACUAUCGAUGCCGCCGUUCUCGGUAACGAUUCGGACGAUUCGGACGACGACGACAAAGACCCUGCUCCCGCUCUGCCCAAGAUCUACUCGUUGAAGCUCAUUGAUUUCGCCCACGCGCAGUGGACCGUCGGUCAGGGCCCCGACGAGAAUGCGCUUAAGGGCGUACGGAGUCUGAUCAAGAUUUUUGAAGAAAUGGAGCAAUGA